AGGGGCAAAAGCCGGACGGGACCUGAUCCGAAGAAUAGGAACUUUAAGCCCCCGCGCCGGCCCGCUUUUCUUGGUCCUUCCCUGGAUCCAGAACCAACACGCGCCUAGGCUCGCUGGCUGGUAGCCAAUGAGCUCGCGCACCGCCUCCGCCCAGAACGCAAACAGCUGUUCCCAGUAGACGGCUCCGCCCUCUACUUUGCCAACUAGUCCGCACGUACUUUGACCAACCGAGUAACCCGGACCUGUGGGCUGGGAGCCGUUGUCGGAGUUAAAGAAAGGUGAAAUAGCUGGUUCUGGGGCUCUGCGAGUCGCGAGACUUCGCCGUAGAACUUUCUUGCGACGCGGCGCGGCCCUGCCUCUUUCCCACGAAGCCCGCGCACUCCGGCCUGGGCUCCUUCCCGCGGGUGGACAGUGGGGCUGCGGCUCGGCGGCGGAGCGUCGGCGGUGGGAACUGUAGCCGAGGUGGCAGCGUCAUCUGCUCUUGUCAGGCUUGGCACUAAGGUGAGCUUGAUCAAGAUUGUGAAGAUCUGUCUUAAAAGUCUGAGACUUUGUAAACAAAGAACUAAAAACUCAUCAAUUGUGCUUCAUUUACAUGAAGGUCAAGAAGCUUAAGAGAAGAAAAAGUUUAGAAAAAUUGCCUGUUUGUUUAGAGUACUAGUGAACCAAGAUAAUUUGAAGCAUUUGUUUUAAAGAGCACCUUGGGUACACAGUGAUUUCACGGACUUGGCUGAGAGGUUUUACCUAAAUUUGUUAAUGGACCCUACUGCCUAAUACUGGAACCUGUUUGGAAUUUUUUCUCAUGUGGAUCUAAGGGGAAUGCUUUAUUAUGGCUGCUGUUGUCCAACAGAACGACCUAGUAUUUGAAUUUGCUAGUAACGUCAUGGAGGAUGAACAACAGCUUUGUGAUUCAGCUAUUUUUCCUGCUGUAAUUGUGGAACAUGUUCCUGGUGCUGAUAUUCUCAAUAGUUAUGCUGGUCUAGCCUGUGUGGAAGAACCCAAUGACAUGAUUACUGAAAGCUCACUGGAUGUCGCUGAAGAAGAAAUCAUAGAUGAUGAUGAAGAUGACAUCACACUCACAGUUGAAUCUUCUUGUCAUAAUGGAGAUGAAACAAUUGAAACUAUUGAGGCUGCUGAGGCACUGCUUAAUAUGGAUUCUCCUGGCCCUAUGUUGGAUGAAAAACGAAUAAAAAAUAAUACAUUUAGUUCAUCUGAAGAUGACAUUAUUAUUGCUCCAGUCACCCAUGUAUCUGUCACAUUAGAUGGGAUUCCUGAAGUGAUAGAAACUCAGCAGGCACAAGAAACAUAUGCUGACUCACCAGGAGCCUCCUCACCAGGGCAGCCUAAAAGAAAGAAAGGGAGAAAAACUAAGCCCUUACGACCAGAUUCUCCAGCCACUACACCAAAUAUAUCUGUGAAGAAGAAAAACAAAGAUGGGAAGGGAAAUACAAUUUAUCUUUGGGAGUUUUUACUGGCCCUGCUGCAGGACAAAGCUACUUGUCCUAAAUAUAUCAAAUGGACCCAGCGAGAAAAGGGCAUUUUUAAAUUGGUCGAUUCUAAAGCAGUUUCCAGGUUGUGGGGGAAGCACAAGAACAAACCUGAUAUGAAUUAUGAGACUAUGGGACGAGCACUCAGGUACUAUUACCAAAGGGGUAUUCUGGCAAAAGUAGAAGGUCAGCGCUUGGUGUAUCAAUUUAAAGAAAUGCCAAAAGAUCUUAUCUAUAUAGAUGAUGAAGAUCCAAGUUCCAGCAUAGAGUCUUCAAAUCCAUCACUGUCUUCAACAGCCACUUCAAGCAGGAAUCAAGCAACUCGAUCAAGAGUAUCUUCAAGUCCAGGGAUUAAAGGAGGCGCCACUACUGUUCUAAAACCAGGGAAUUCUAAAGCUACAAAACCCAAAGAUCCUGUGGAAGUUGCACAGCCACCAGAAGUUCUGAGGACAGUGCAGCCCUCACAGUCUCCAUAUCCUACCCAACUCUUUCGGACUGUUCAUGUAGUACAGCCAGUACAAGCUAUCCCAGAAGAAACAUCUGUAACCAGUGGCAUACAGGAAGAGACAUUAAAUUCUUCCAUUCAGAGUAUUAGGACUCUACAGGCUCCAGCCCAAGUUCCAGUGGUUGUGUCUCCUGGGAGCCAGCAGUUACAUACAGUAACACUCCAGACAGUGCCACUUACAACAGUUAUAGCUAGCACAGAUCCAUCAGCAGGUGGUGCAUCUCAGAAAUUUAUUUUACAAGCCAUUCCAUCAUCACAGCCCAUGACAGUACUCAAAGAAAAUGUCAUGUUACAGUCACAGAAGCCAGGCUCUCCUUCAAUUGUCUUUAGCCCUACCCAAGUACAGCAGGUUCUUACUAACAAUGUUCAAUCUAUUUGUAAUGGAACCGUCAGCAUGACUUCAUCUCCAUCCUUCAGUGCAACUACCCCUGUGGUGACAUUUUCUCCUCGAAGUUCACAACUGGUUGCUCAUCCACCUGGCACUGUAAUCACUUCAGUUAUCAAAGCUCAAGAAACAAAAACUCUUACAAAGGAAGCUGAGAAAAAGGAUGUUGAAGAUCAUUUGAAAGAAGACAUUGAGAAAACUGAACAGCCACAGCCUUAUGUGAUGGUGGUAUCCAGUUCCAAUGGAUUUACCUCUCAGGUAGCUAUGAAGCAAAAUGAACUGCUGGAGCCCAACUCUUUUUAAGUAAUACCAAAGGAAUUAGGGCUGACUUCUUUUAAAAAUUGGACUAAUUUUCAGUUGUCUGCAAACUAAGAUAAAUCCACAGAGGUCCCUAAUUUUCUAAUUGUAAAAAAUAAUUUAGAGUUAAUUGUGGCUUUGUUAGAUAAGAAAGGAAAGCCCAAGUUUUCUCUUUAUACUCCAAAUGUUUCAGAAGUCAAUUGUGAAGGAACUGGCAUUUUAUACUAUGAAUCCAUUUUUUGAAAUUUUCUUCAGUUAUGUCAUAAGCAUUUUUAAAGUUUCUUUUCUAAUUUUACAUUGUAGCUUUUCUCAUUCUUUUGUAAAUAUAAUAAACAAGGUAACAGGAGUUUUAUAUAGGAAAUAUUUGCAUUCCACUUGUUUAAGUUGUGACUAUCAAAUGCAAGAAAAUUAUGUUGUUAAAAUUGUGUCACUAAGAUUGAAUUUAUUUGGCUGCACUCUACAACACAAGUAUGAAUAUAUAGAACAGCAUUAAAAAUUGCUAUAUGCCCAUGC